AUGCUGCUCGUCAGAGCGAUCUGGCAGCUCCAGACGUACGGGGAGUCCAUGCUCUCCGCUGGCCAGCUGGGGGACUUCGAGGCCUUCAUGCUGCACGCCUACGAGUCCUGCUGCAAGGGUGGCGCGGAGGCCCAGACCUGGGACCCGGACAGGUCGGCCGAGGCGCUGAGGACUUGGCUAGGCUGGGCCAGGGAGCUCUUGCAGUGGUUGGUCGGUGUGCGGCAUACGGGCACCAGUGGGCUAGGGGGCGCGGUGGGGGCCGCGAGCGCCCGCGGGGCGCCCGGCAGCGGGCGCGGGGCGCUGGCGUGGAGCAGCCUCGGCGGGCCCGUCCAGCUGCUCGAGCAAGCCUUCACAGCGAGCUUCUGCGCAACACUCAUUCUCCCGCGCGCGGUCCACCAGCGGUGCUGCCCGCCGAUGGCACGCUGCGCGUUCGGCGUCGAGACGUUCUACCAGGCUGGCGUCACGCUCUGCAGCAUCCUUAGCCUCACCGCCCUCACGGUGGCACUGCAGUGCCCCUACCGGGAGUUCUGCCCGUGGGCCCAGAGGAUCUGCUGGGCGACCGUGUGUGUGGCCAGCCUCCUCGCGUGCGUGAUGUUGCAGAACUACUGGGCGCUGCAGCACGUGCGCUUCAUGAACGUCGAGGAUCUGUCCCCGAUCAAGCAGGCCGACUCCAGGGCCACCUGGCGCUGGGGGCUCACGGCGAGGACCUUCCCGCUCAUCUCCCGCGCCCUCUUCGUGCUCUCGGGGGCGGCCGCCCUCGCGGGCCUGCUCGUCGGGCUGCUGCACUGCCCGGCCAGCCCCGGGGCCCAGCACGUCUGCGCGGCCCCCCGGGCCGGCCCCCCCGACCCCAAGGUGGAGUUCGGCGCCCCCUGCGCGCUGUGGCUGCUGAUGGCCCUCGUCGGAUCCCGGACGAGCUGCUCGCAGACGCUCCCCUUCCUGUUCGACGCGGUGCCGGCCGACGUGCCCGACGGGAAGGGCUGGGGGAGGUGCGCGCGGUUCGCUGUGAAGGUUGCGAAGAUGGUGCACCCGUGAGGCCGGCACAUUUCAUAGCAUUUAUUUCGUCGCCCUAUUUGUUGUUCAUUUUUUUUGCUUUUGUCUCUGCGCGCGGCGCCACGGCGCGCGCCCUGUUGGCGGCGCUCGCCGCCCUCUCUCGCGCCGCUCCUCUCCUUACCCUCCAGAGGAGGAGGAGGAGGAUGGGGAUGGCGCGAGGGGUGUGGCCUUCUAUAAGAGGGCAGGGUGCCUCUCAGGAAGCUCCUCGGAGGCUUCUCGAGAAGGCGCUUUUUUUGGAAGGCAAGGAGGCCUUCUGAGGAGCCCCGUGCUCUCUGAGAGGAGGCCGCUUUUCCCUUGGCCUCGCCCGCUUUGCUCUCGUACCGCCAGACGCCCUCCUCCUCCCCCUCCUCCUCCUCCUCCUCCUCUUUUCUAUAGUUAGUUUUAGAGUUUGCUCCGCCACGCCAAGUUUUAUCACAUGCAUUGAGGCGCGGGGAGCGCCGCACGUCGGCCGCUCUCCGCGCCAUGGCUGCGCGCCCGGAACAAGACAGUGCGCCCCCAGGACACCCCGUGAGGCCCACGGCCCCGGCAGGACCAUGGCGCCCCCUCGUCACCGUCUUCUUCCGGGCCGCCGCCGCUCGCGGCGCCGCCGGAGGACCAGCUCCGGCGGCGCUGGUGCUCGCUUUAAGGGGAGGGGGGAGGUGGAGCCGACCACACCCAGGCGUGGCCCUUCGCCCUGUUCGGCCUUCGGCGCCUGGGGAGUCCGCAGAUCGCCGAGUGCGGUGCGAUAGCAGCGGCCUUCGAGCUCGGGUGUGCCCCCCCCGCGUCCCCCUGGAGCCGCGCACCAGAGGUCCAUCGUGCCCACGGUCACUCCUGUGUGUAGCCAACUGCGAGAUCCGACG